CAAUAGUCAAACAUCCUGAACCAAAUUCUAAAAAUGAAAAAGAAGAAGAAGUGAAACUCCUCCAGAAGAAAACAACCCCCUGAAGCAAACGCUCCUGGGGGAUUUUUUCUUCACAAUCUGCUUCUGCUUUGUUCAGUAAAUGGUGACUCAGCAUGUUGCGUCAUGUGGUGGAGGGUGUGUUUCCGUAGAGCCGGAAAGGUCCCAACACCUGAGAGGAGCGGGAGAGCUCUCUGCUUUUGUUCGGCUGUAAGAGAAACCGGCGGUCUGGAAAGCGGGUCGCCAUGCAGCAGGAUCCCGGCACGCCAGGAGGAGCUCUCCCACUUCUCAAAGGGAAAGAGAAAGGACAGAUAUUUUCUUCUGAUCCAACAAGGAAGUAGUUGGGGAAAAAAUCAGAGAGCAUUCCUUCCUUGACAGUUUUUUUAAACUUCUUCUUGAGAGUGAUCAAGCAGCUCGGCUGUUCAGAACUGCAGACUUUCAGCCCGGCUGUUGCCGUGGAGACGCUGAGCCACAAUAAGGAGGAGAGAAGUGGGACUCCCCAGUCAGAGCGGAGCGAGCGAGACCAUGGAUCACCAGCAGCAGCAGAACACCAAGGUGGAGCGCUUCCUGAAGCUGGGAUACUCUCACGGGGACAUUCUCAGGGUUCUGGAGAACCUGCGGCACGACGCCCAGACCAACGACAUCCUGGAGGAGCUCAUCAAGACCUGCCAGGCUCGCACCCACACCAACAAGAGCAUCCCCAACAGUCCUAAGCUGGUGCCGCGGGGCUGCAGCCCGAGCCCCAGCAGGACCAGAACCGGACCUGACAGAGAGCCGGCGUCCGGGUUCAGAUCGGUGGUGAUAGACGGCAGCAAUGUGGCCAUGAGCCACGGAGACAAAAAAGUCUUUUCAUGCCAGGGUCUCCAGCUGGCAGUCAGCUGGUUCUGGGACAGAGGUCUGCGGGACAUCACCGUGUUUGUCCCACUGUGGAGGAAGGAGACACCACGGCCUGAAGCUCCCAUCACAGACCAACAUGUUCUCCACGAGCUGGAGAGGAGGAAGAUCCUGGUGUACACGCCGUCCCGCUGCGUGAACGGGAAGAGGGUGGUGUGCUACGAUGACCGCUACAUCGUCAAGCUGGCCUUGGAAGUGGACGGCAUCAUCGUCUCCAACGACAACUACCGGGACCUGCAGAUGGAGAACCCCCAGUGGAAGAAGUUCAUCGAGGAGCGGCUACUUAUGUACACAUUUGCAAAUGACAAGUUCAUGCCUCCAGAUGAUCCUUUGGGUAGAAAUGGUCCCACCAUUGAUGACUUUCUGAGGAAAAAGCCGUGGAGUCCCGAAAACAGACUGCAGCAUUGUCCUUACGGAAAGAAAUGUACUUAUGGAGUCAAAUGCAAGUUCUACCAUCCCGAGAGGACAAACCAGUCUCAGAUGUCGGUGGCUGACGAGCUGAGGGCUAAGGGAGACCGAGCCAAAACCUUUUCACAGGCUGGAUACCUCUCAGACCACAAACACCCCUCGUCCAGCCCGCCACCGAGCACAGACGACUUCCAUAACUCCCAGAGCUCCGGUGGACUCUCCAGUCUGAGCUACUACUUAAGCUCUGAACCAGACGAGGCCUACAGGUCUCUGGAGAGCCCCUUCAACAAGUUGCACCUUCAGGACUACAGCUCGGAUCAGCAUCUGCAUAGCUAUAGCAGCGGGGUGGGCAGCUGCUCAUUGAGCCACAGGGACUCCUCCCACUCGGGGUCAUAUCGGGGCUGCAGCUCUGAUAUGGACCAGCGAGUUUACAGCGCCCCGUACUGCGAGACUCAGUCAUGCAGGUGCGGUCAGCAGCAGGGCAGGAUGUCUGCCGGACAGCAGCAUCAGCCCGUGUGGAGCUCCUGCCCAGCGCUGCUCUCAUACCAUCCCGAACACUUGGUCUACUCUUCAGAGAAGGGGUAUGUCGGACCGCCCCCACACAAGCAGACCUACAGCCUGCCCAGAGACUCAUUGGUGCAGGGCAUUCUGUGUGAAUCCAAACUGAGCAGGCAAGCCCAGAGCCAGACCAGCGAGCACCGGAAGGGUUUGAAGAGCCAGCUGAGCCCACUCUUCCCCCAAAACUUAGUGGAGGCCGUCAUGAGCGCUAACCCCCACGUGUCCGACUUGUCUGAACUGAUCCGACUCAUCCAGAGCCACAGAACCAACCACACACCCUUCUAAGCCUCUACCCCCGUUCUCCAACCUGAAGCCCACGAGAAGUUAUUCAUCAGAGGACUUCACCACAAACUGCACGUGCUCAGUCCAGACAAUCCAAAGCAUUAAUGAAUGAUCUGUUAAAGGGACAGUUGGUCUUUAUCUGGAUCGAAGAUGUGAUGCUCUCAGCUCUAUAGAGCCGAUUCUUUCCGUCACCUCAAACUGAGGAACAGUCGUCUGGACUUCUGUGAAGGUCCACGCCUUAAAGCUUUAUGUUUCUACAGCACCUUUUAAUAAAAGCACCUUAAGCUCUA